AUGAAUGGAUUUGAGGCGUCGAAAUCGCGGUUCAAUCCAAUGAAUCCUACGCGACCCCAGAGUUCACCUCUUCUCAAUGUCAACGAUCCGAUUCAAGUUCAUCUUCUGGUCGAGACUGCUCUGUUCGAUAGCAAGGAGUACGAGAUAUUUUCGCAGGAAGAGGUGGAUGAUCUGAAGAAGCAAUGCCAAUACCUCACUCAGCGGAUCGAGCAAACGAGACAGCACCUGGCCAUCCAGUCCAAAUACCGCGAUGCCGCGAUUUCAAUGGCAAAGUUAUACAAGACGGGUGACAGCCCAGACUCUAAGAAACCGAGGAGAAGUAUUCUUGGGCACACCCGCCAACCCAGUGAUCAGGUCCGCGAGGCAGAGCAGGAACGGAUAGCCAGUGAGAAGAAGUGCGAGGAACUGGCUGCCGAGCUGUUCUCUCUUGAGAAACGACUGAUGGAACCCCAGAGCAAACUGUUGAAGCAUACAGCGGGCAUAUUGCAGAUGACACACAAAGGACCCAAGAAGAUGCCCAAGGAGCCAGGAAAUCAGCAGCAGCCUGGAAUUCCGGGGAGUCCAGAAAGCAUGUAUACAUAUUCGAAUGCUAGGGGCAGCAUGGAGCCUAUAGGGGACGAGUUUUUCUUCGACGAGAGAAGUGCAUAUAAAUCUGCGGCCAACCUUGAUGGGUUUGGAGAUGUCGAACGGGACAGUGUCAUUGGACCGCCUCCGAAAUCUCAGGCCAGGGAGCAGAUGCAAAUCAUCACGAACACGGAGCAGAAGCUGGAAGCUUUGAACAGUCGGUUGAGGGAGGUCAUAGUGAAGGCAAAUCCUCAGCGUGAUGCAAGCUAUGCCGCUCCUACAAGCAAGUCAAAUCCUGAAGAGACACUACAGAGCCAUCUGGAAUACCUUGAGCGGAGUAUCACGACAAUGGAUGAAGAGCUUGGUCUGGCUACGAGGAAGCAUGCAGAGUCAGAAUCCGCUAUGGAAGAAACUCUCGAGUCACUGAAUCGUGAACUCAGGGGUCUGCUGCUCCCAUAUGACGAGAAUCAACCAGAACCACCAGAACUUACCGGCAAGGGACUGAAUGAGCAACUGAUGUUCUUCCAAGAUACUAUCGGUGCUGUCGAGGUGGAAUUGGCUCGAGCCGUUGCUAAUGCCAAGAACAUGGGCAAUCAAGACAAUUUGGAGCAGAUGGAGACUGUCGUGAUGGGCUUGUGGGAUAUUAUUCAAUCUGGCGAAGAGGAAAAUCGGCAGAGAAAACAGCAGCGAAGGCAGACGAGAACCGCUCAGAAUCUUCCUGAAGACGAAGAUGAUAUGUCACCUGACGAGGGCGGGGACCCGAACGAACCGUUCACACUGCAAGGAUUCUCUACGAAGGUACAAUGGCUUUACGCUCAAGCUACACGCCUGAAGGACCAAAAGAAGGUCCUUCAACGACAGAUCAAGCAGCAGCGAGAACUGAACAGCAAAUCUGACGCCACGAAGGAUGCUGAACUUGACCAGAAGGUCGAAGAAGUUGAAAGGAUUCAGGCUCUGCUUAUCAGAACUGAGAGGGACGCUGAUUCGGUCAGAGAGCAACUCAGUCUCGUCAUGCAGAAGCUUGACGACGCUAGACAACAAGAACGAAUGCGUGAGCAAUCGCGACAAGGAGACGAAUCAGCCGCGAUCCGCGCCGCGCAAGAACAGCUCAAUGAGCGUGCGCAGACGAUCGCUGCUCUCGAGGAGGAACUGCAAGAUCUGAAAGACGACCACUCGAUAGCCAACGCAGAACUGCAGGGCAAGAUUGCGGACUCGGAAAGGAAGAUUGCCACCCUGGUGCAGGAGUUAGCUGCAGCUGCAGCUGCCCAAGCAAUAUUCGAGGCUGGCAUCAAGGAGAAAGAAAGGGAGGUCUUGGAUAAAGAACAAGAGCUGGAAAAUUCGAACAUGGAGAUUGCUCGCUUGCAAACCGAAGUCACGAUCGCUCGAGCCGAGCUUGACGGCGCCUAUGGAUCUCGAGCUCAACGCGCAGCAGAAGUAGCAGCCAACCCAGUAAUCCAAAAAGAGAUCGACGAUCUCAAGGAACGGAAUGUCGCUCUCACCGCUCAGCUCUCGGCUCUGAAGCAGAAUGGCCCGAGUGGCGGUGCUAGCGACGAGAAGAUGCGCACGCUAAAAAAGGAGCUUGAGGAGACCAUCGAGGAGUACGAACAGAUGACCAAGGCGUCUAUUGAGUGGGAGAAGGAGCGCGAGCAGCUGGAGAGCACGAUCGAUAAGCUCAGAGAUGAAAGAGAGAAUCUUGAAGCGCAGCUGAGUGAUGAGAAGGUUAGGUGGCUGGGCAUGAAGAGCCCGGGUGUAGAUGGGGCCGCGCAGCCGGGUGCGACGAGCACGACGGUGCUGAAAAACGAGUUUAAGAAGAUGAUGAGAGAUACGAGAGCUGAGAGUCGAACAAGCAGAGAGGCGGCGAUUAGAAGACGAACUUCGCGCAUUGAAGAAGGCCCAGGGACCAGGAAAAUCUAG